AGAAAACAUCAAGAAAUCAGUUCGAUUUCGGCGGCUCUGGUUAAAACCAGUCUGUAUGCCUUUUACAACUUCAGUGACAUUUACUGGGGCUUUAUAGACUUCGGGGAAUCAAGCAGAUUCAACGUUGGUGUGCAUUCCUUCUUGCGAAAGUUUAGUAGGAAUGAUGCGCAUGCUCAAGACACUAGUAGUGCUGCGAGCGAGGUGAAUAAAGAAUCAAGAACAACGACAGUCUCUUCUGGUUCUGCGCAGAGCAGUUGCGCAAAGGAUGGAAGCAGUGCGAACGAGAUGCGACUAAGCCAUGUAUUUUCAAAAGGCAAGGCAACGAGGACGCGAUUGGAUGAGGGUGGACGACGCUGUCAGACCACGGACACCAAGAAAGAUCCCUACGCCUCUGUGCGUCCGUGGUUCCUGCACCUCCCGGCUUGGGGAGACGCAGAUGCGCCAGGAUAUCUCGAGAUGAGCGGAGUUGAAGGAGGAGAUGAGAGCAACAAUGAAGGCACGAGAAAGUACUCCGGCAAACCCCUUGAUAUUAGAUACCCAAUUUUCCGUGAAUUUGUGCUGGAACAAGCACGCAACACGAGACUAUCCUGGUCUAGUCAAACCGAGACCGCGAGCGAGCUCGUUGCUGUGACUAUGGGCUCGCAUUUCGGCUCCAACAUGGAACCUACUUUCAUGUUGCAGCACUUGUUGGCGCAAUCGCGAAGUGAAGCCACGACCUCUAUUUUUAAGGCUGAAGUUGCAAACAGCAAUACCACUUGGUAUGUAUUUAAAUAUUAUGAAGGUACUUAAUUAAACUAGUUUUUCGAAGGACAGCGACCAUCUUUCAUAGUUAUGUUGGGCUACUCCGGAACAUCUUCAUAGCGCUAACACCUCCCUGCGACAGCAUGUUUAUGGUACAAUUUAUCCAUAUCCCGAGGUGGUCUGCACGGCUCACGGCUUCUGCCGACGCAACCUGCUA